CUUAGAGCACAGAAAGGUGUUGACUUCAGUGAAUAAAUCCCGUUACAUGAGUUUAUUCACGUCUGUUGAGUGUUAAUGAGCGGCGUUUAAUCUGGGGAGGGCCGCUUCAGAGGCACUCAUCACACUUUUUUCUGGAGAUGCUUGUUCUUCUGAGUGAAGAUGAAAGUGUUGGUGAAGUGUAACAGGUCAGAGACAGAUACAUCGAUCAGUUCAUGGGGAGGGAGAGACUCUGAGAGGGAGAGAGACUCAGAGAGUUAAAAUUAUCCACCUAAAGCCAAUCCUCCUCAAGCUGAUCAGUGGCUGAAUGGACUAACCAGCGAGAGGACUUCAAACUUGCAGCCGGCGGGUAAGGGCUCUCUGGGAUUUGAUGGAUGUUUAGAAGCCGAAGUUAAAAGGAUUAUUCCCAGCAGCACAGGAGGUCCUUGGAGCCGAGAGGGAUCACCUGCCUGGCGGCGGCCCAACACCGAUUCACCCCCCCAGAGACUGUGGCAGAACCGUCAGCAAACAUCACCUGAGCUUUCGCCGACGAGCUAUGGAGACAAGUAACCUUGAGUAACUGUUUGUCUACAAGACCAACCUGCAGAGUCAAAGAGUUUUGUUGGAGUCUAAAAAGGAAUUUAUGCCACCGGAUACAAGAUUUCAUCCACACUUCACUUGUUGAUAUGAUUUGCCCCAACAUUUUCCAACCCAACGCCAAUGACUCCCAUACAUGGUGUUGAUCACAACAAAGUUAAAGCCUGGGUGGACUUUGGACUUUUAUCGAAGAGAAAUUUGGACUGUAAUCAAACAUGGCCAGAGAUGUCAGUCCUCUGAGCCUCAUGCUUUUGUCUGCGAGACACCAGCAAUGGGUUGGAGCCUCUCUGGGGUUUGUCGUCCCCUUUUCGCCCAUUCGCUCUCUAAUUUUUUACUACUUCCUGUCGUGUGCAACAGCAGCAGGUAGUUUACCUGGCAUAGAAUACGAUUAUGGCAUUAGCCCCAAAUUUGUGUGCACCCCUGUUCCUCCUGAGGCAGACCCCAGUUGCUUUUCACCGCCCAGCGUGCCCCAUGGGCCGAGCGGUAACGGGCAGAGCGGCGGCCCCGGCGGCGGCGGCAACCGGAGGGUCAUGAUGUCCGACGAGGCCAAAGCCACCAUCUUGCACCUGCGCGAGAGCCUGGUGAGGCAGAAGGAAACCAUCCUGGACCAGCGGGAGACGAUCAGGGAGCUGACGGCCAAGCUCACCUUGUGUGAGGGCUUCGGGGGUCACCACAGCACCGGGCAUCGCGACAGCCACCACGACCCCCACCACGACAACCACCACGACACACAUCAUGACAACGACGGCCACCAUGACGACCACGACGAGCAUCACGGCGGCCACCACGGGCCGUCGUCCUUGCACCACGGGCCUUCGACGCAUCACGGCAGCGAUCGCCACUACUCCCACGGCAGCCACAGGACGGACACCCACCACAGGAAGAGCUCGUCACACGGCAAACACAACUCCUUCUCCCCAGAGCAGACUGGAAAAACCCUGCAGACGCUCAAAGAGAGGCUGGAGAGCUUGCAGGCCAGGAACUCCUCCAGCUCUUACUCCAGCUCCCUGAGGGAACUCCUCCAGCGGAAGAUCAACGCUCUGGAGGAGCAGCUGCACAGCUACUACAGAGACCACCACGACUACGGUCACCAUAACGACCACCACGACGACCGCCACGACGACCACCACGACGACCAUCACGACGACCACCACGACGACCACCAUGACGACCACCACGGAAGCAGGCACUACGACGACCAUCACGACGACCACCGUGGCAACAGCCACCACGGCGGCGGUCACCGCGACGACCAUCACAGCGGGCAUCACAGCAGUCGCCACGGCAGCAGCGGCAGCGGCGGCAGCAGCAGGUACAACCCUAACAGUGGUCACCACAGUCGCCAUCGCGAUCACCACUACGACCGCCACUUCGACCACCACUACGACUGGAACCACGGUCGCGGUCACGGUCGCCACGGCAGCCUCCACAGCGACUACCACGACGAUCACCACAACGAUCACCACGACGACCACCACGACGACCAUCACGACGACCACCAUGACGACCACCAUGACGAUCACCAUGACGACCACCACGGACAUCACGACACCGACCACCACGACCGUCACGAUGGCGGCCAUUCCCCGCGGCGGCUGCCUGUCAGCAGCAAAGACAGGAGUGUGCAGAGCGCCGGCCACAGCAAACUGGAAACGGUGCUCGGUCAAAUCCACCACAAUCACGGACCCCACAAGAAGCUAAAGAGUCCCAGUGCCUUCCUGCUUGACUUCCCCAUGAGGACCAGCCACAUGUACGCCAGGAUGAAGCGGUCGGUGGUCACCGAGAUCUUCGCCAUGACCAUCUGCCUGAGGCUGAAGGCGGGGGCGGGUCCCGGCCUGGGCACGCCCUUCUCCUACGCGGUACCCGGCCAAGCCAACGAGGUGGUGCUCAUUGAAUGGGGCACCAACCCCAUGGAGCUGCUGAUCCAUGACAAGGCCGUGACUUUGCCCGUAACCAUGACAGACGGGAAGUGGCAUCAUGUGUGCGUGACAUGGGCAACACGUGACGGCGUGUGGGAGGCCUACCAGGACGGCGUGAAGAAAGGCUCGGGGCAGAACCUGUCGCCCUGGCAUUCCGUCAAACCAGGGGGCGUCUUCAUCCUGGGCCAGGAGCAGGACACGAUGGGAGGCCGCUUCGACGUUUCUCAGUCCUUCAUGGGGGAGCUGUCGGACCUCCAGUUCUGGUCCAGAGUCCUGACGCCCAGCGAGAUCUACGCCCAGGCGACCUGUGAAGGCCACCUCGUCGGCGACGUCAUGUCCUGGUCGGAGGAACUGCUGGAGCUUCACGGAGGACUCGAUGAGCUUCCCUUUGACCCCUGCCACUGAGGAAGCACCGAUGAACCCCCCACCGCCCAAAGCUGUAGGACCGACGUUACCAAAUAACUGAUUAUAAGAAAAAAUAAAAAAGGCUGGAGAGUGGAAAAGUAUAUAUUUGGUCACGGAUCAAUUAAUUUCAUCUCUUGCUCUGGUGUUUCAUCAUGUAGGUCUGCAAAACUUCAUUAUACGAGCUCGGCCUCGAGCAUCUGGCAGAGCAAGGACUUACUUUUCCUUUUUCUUUUUGCCAUUCCUUUCCGAUCUUUUCUGCCUUCUCCGCCUACACCGUCACACCCUCGCCCCGACGCUCCCAGCAGGAGAGAAGUGAGCGAGCGCUGGCCGUGGGAUUUAAUGGCUGCGUGGUCAUGACCGCGGCUGCUCGGGCGGAUCCAGAACACAUAAUAGGAUUUCCUUCCUUUCAAAGCAGGUCCGAAGGUUGCUGGUUGCCAUUAACCCGCCCGGGUCUGCUUGUUUUCGGUGUGUGAGCGGGCAUGUUCGUCUGAAGG